CAACGUCUACAAUAUCGCGAGAUUUCCUCCUCGGUCACAUCAGAUGCUCUGAUGCUGCUGGGCUCCUUUACUGCGCCGCGCCCCCAUCUCUGCUGCUGAUACUACGGUGUCUGUCCGUCUGCAGCGACCACACACACCUGCAAACGGAAAAAGGGGCAAGGACAAAGUAAACAACACUACAGCCCCAUAAAGGCUGGUGUUUAUACAACUGGAUGGGGACACGGCACUAGCACAACGUUUGUAAAAAAAACAAAAAACAGUAGCGUUAAAUGUCACGCAACAGCUAACUAACUAGCUAGCAGAGGAAGUAAGCAAGCUAGCUAACGUGAAGUGCUGCUAGUUAUGCCUCUGGUUUUGAAAACAUUGUGUUUGCCAGUCAUGUUGUAGCUAGUUCAGAGUAGAUUAAUUUAACAUUUACACAUUUCACGAAAAUGCUAGUUAUCGUGCUAACCAUUGUAAAUGACUGUGUCGUCUCAUCAUAUAAAACAACUACUAUAAUCUAGCUAACGUUAAUUCAAAGUGAAUCAGAGAGGGAUCAUUUCAGCACAGUUUGAAGCCAAUCUCUUUAAAUUAGGUCAUAUUUACCUAGGUUAGCUAUUUCACUUAAUAACUGACAGGAAACGUAAAGUUGAUCAGUCCAGAUAGCAUCUAAAGAUAAUACCUGUUUUGUUAUUUAACCAAACGUGUGUAGGCCUACAUGAAGUACAUUUUUAUGCUGAUAAAAAAUAACUAGUAGCAAUUACUUUACCUUAUUGGUAAUUUCCCAUGCUCUACGUGAAGACGGAGAAAAGUGUCACUUAAGCUCCACUCAUAGUUUAUCAACAAGGGAGAAUGGCUCCUAAAAAGAGACCAGUGCCUUUAAACAUUGCUCCUGCUGGCGAUGGGUUAUCCACCUCCACCAACACCGAUGUUGCAUCUGAGGCCAAUUUCGUGGCACUUAAAAGAAUAUUGGAGGAGUUGGACCUCGAUGAACAACAGAAGAAAAGGUUAGAAGCCUUCCUUACCCAGAAGGCCAAGGUGGGCGAGCUGAGAGAUGAUGACUUCCAUCGUGUCUGUGAGCUGGGUGCAGGCAAUGGAGGAGUUGUCAAUAAGGAAUGCCACAAAUCUUCAGGAAUAAUCAUGGCCAGGAAGCUCAUUCAUCUUGAAAUCAAACCUGCUAUCAGAAACCAGAUCAUCCGAGAGCUUCAGGUGCUGCAUGAGUGUAACUCUCCCUACAUUGUGGGCUUCUAUGGAGCAUUUUACAGCGAUGGAGAGAUCAGCAUCUGCAUGGAACACAUGGAUGGUGGAUCUCUAGAUCAGGUGCUGAAAGAAGCGAAGAGGGUCCCUGAAGAGAUUCUGGGCAAAGUCAGCAUUGCUGUUUUGAGAGGCCUUGCGUACCUAAGAGAAAAACAUCAAAUCAUGCAUAGAGAUGUGAAGCCUUCAAACAUACUGGUGAACUCGCGUGGGGAGAUCAAGUUGUGUGACUUUGGUGUAAGCGGGCAGCUCAUAGACUCUAUGGCCAAUUCCUUUGUUGGAACAAGAUCCUAUAUGUCGCCUGAGAGAUUGCAGGGAACCCACUAUUCUGUGCAGUCAGAUGUGUGGAGUAUGGGGCUGUCCCUUGUAGAGCUGUCAAUCGGACGCUUCCCCAUUCCUCCUCCAGAUGCUAAAGAACUGGAGGCGUUAUUUGGACGUCCCAUCUUGGGUGGUAGUGAAGGAGAGACACUCAGCACUUCACCCAGACCUAGACCACCGGGUAGACCUGUCAGCGGUCAUGGUCCUGCAAUGGCCAUCUUUGAACUACUAGACUACAUCGUAAAUGAGCCACCUCCUAAACUACCACAUGGCGUCUUCACAUCUGAUUUCCAGGACUUUGUGACAAAGUGCCUUAUCAAAAACCCAGCAGAUAGAGCUGACUUGAAAAUGUUGAUGAACCAUAUGUUUAUCAAGCGGUCUGAGGUGGAGGAGGUAGACUUCGCUGGCUGGCUUUGUAAAACCAUGGGGCUGAACCAACCUAGCACUCCCACACGCACUGCAGACUGAACACACACACUCGACACACUCACAUACACCCACCCACACUAUGUACAUGUAAAAACAAGGAGAAGCUGUUGCCUAAAACCUUACGCCCAGAUGCACACCCUGUCUGCCACGUGAUUCCUCAGGUGAACCUCCAUCUAUCAAAUGAACUCUACUGACAUGUAAAGGCAGAAAAGAGUGUGUCAAUCCCAGUUGUUACAAUCCUGACAGGUAGAUGCAUAUAUUCAUUUGUAUUUAUAUGUGUUAUGCAAACACAUUUAGAAAUGUAAGAAUAUGUUUAUUUUCCUAAACCGGUCAGGUUAUGGUGUGUCUGUGUUAGCAGGAGUUAGUCUAGGAUAUUUUUUGCAUUUGGUGAUGCUACUCAUUUCUACAAAUUUUGAGAUGUGAGCUUGACCCUCGUGCCGAGCCAAAAAAAGAAGAAGAAAAAAGCAGCAUCCUGAGCUUGUUGUGCUACCAUUAGCUUCAGAUUAGCUACAUUAGGACAGCAGCUGCCUUUUGAAUAUAGUAGAGAUUCAUCCCUGGACCGUACAAAACAUUUUAUAUUAUCAUGAGAAAGCUGCAUCGUCACUGAGCAGUUUCAGCAACAACAAAUGAUUAUAUCUUUGUAUUCACUGUAAUGUAAACAACAAGACAUAAAGUUGCCAUUGAAGUUCAUCCUGUGUUGCGGCAGGAUUGGGACAUUUUGCUCCUUUUUGUUUUCUUCUAUUUACGUACUUCCUGAUUUUAGUAACGGUUUAAAGAUAUAGAUGUUUUCAUGGUAAAAUCAUCAAAAGUUUUGUCUUUAUAAUUAGUCAAAAUUGUCAAUAAAUGGUAUGUAUUGUAACGUAUUUUGAUUU